AUGGCAGGAAAACAGGCUUUCGGCAAACGUGUGAAAUUCAACAUGUGGAUCCAUGAAAAUCAGACAGCUGGAGUCACCUUCAUCCUGGUUGGAUUCUCAGAAUACCCGGAGCUGCAGGUGCCCCUGUUCCUGGUGUUCCUGACCAUCUACAUGGUCACUGUGCUGGGGAACCUGGGCAUGAUUCUGAUCAUCAGGAUCAAUCCCAAACUCCACACCCCCAUGUACUUUUUCCUCAGUCACUUGUCCUUUGUGGAUUUCUGCUACUCUACGGUAGUUACACCCAAACUAUUGGAAAACCUGGUUGUGGAAGACAGAACUAUCUCCUUUCCAGGAUGCAUUCUGCAAUUCUUCUUUGCAUGCGUGUUUGUGAUUACAGAAACCUUCAUGUUGGCGGUCAUGGCCUAUGACCGCUUCGUGGCCGUCUGUAAUCCUCUGCUGUACACCGUGGUGAUGUCUCAGAAGCUCUGCUGCUUGCUGGUGGCUGCGUCUUAUUCUUGGAGUUUAGUGUGCUCUUUAACAUUUAUAUACUUCUUGCUGACUCUAUCCUUUUGUGGGACUAAGUUCAUUAAUAACUUUGUCUGUGAGCAUGCUGCCAUUGUUGCUGUGUCCUGCUCUGAUCCCUCCAUCAGUCAGAAGGUCAUCUUAAUCUCUGCCACCUUCAAUGAAGUAAGUAGUUUGAUGAUAAUUCUGACUUCUUACAUUUUCAUUUUUAUCACUGUCAUGAAAAUGCCUUCCACUGGAGGGCGCCACAAAGCCUUCUCCACAUGUGCCUCCCACCUGACUGCCAUUACUAUUUUCCAUGGGUCCAUCCUUUUUCUUUAUUGUGUUCCUAACUCAAAAAGUUCAUGGCUCAUGAUCAAAGUAGGUUCUGUCUUUUAUACAGUGGUCAUCCCCAUGCUGAACCCACUGAUCUACAGCCUCAGAAACAAAGAUGUGAAGGAGACAGUGAGGAAGUUACUGAAUAACAAAGGUUACAAGUGUAGUUGGUCAAUUUAA